AUGGAUUUAUCAUCAGUACAAUCCUCAAUCCAAUCUCUAGUUAAUGAGAUGAAGGAAGAGAUGUUCUCAUCAAAUUGUGAUCCCUACUCCUUCAUUUCUGCUUCUGCUUAUGACACUGCAUGGCUAGCCAUGAUUCCGGAUCCACACCAACCUUCCCAACCCAUGUUCAACAAUUGCUUGGAUUGGGUGCUUUACAACCAGGAAGAUGAAGGCUCUUGGGGAGAGCAUGAUGCCCAUGGCGUCCCCACCAUUGAGUGCCUUCCUGCAACUCUUGCUUGCAUUAUUGCACUCAAAAAGUGGAACGUCGGGACAUUAUGCAUAGAGAAAGGUUUGGCAUUUAUCCAUGCAAACAUGGAGAAGCUUCUCCGAGAAACGAACAAUCACGUUCCCCGCUGGUUUGCCAUCGUUUUCCCAGGGAUGGUUGAACUUGCAUGUGCAGUUGGUGUGCGGCUUGUCUUCUUCCCUAGGUCGAACGGAGUCGUGUUAGAACUAUUCAACACGCGGCAACAAAUUCUUGAAAAGGAGAAGGAUGCGGAUACGUUCCAAAGUCUGCCAUUGCUUUCAUAUCUUGAAGCACUGCCUGCAUCUUAUGAGAUUGAUGAAGAUGAUAUAAUCAAGCAUUUGAGCAGCGAUGGGUCUUUGUUUCAAUCCCCCUCCGCCACAGCAUCUGCAUUUAUGGCCACUGGAAACAAACACUGCUUGGCUUAUUUGCUAUCACUUGUUCAAAGAUGUGAUGGUGGAGUUCCUGCAACCUAUCCCAUGGAUGAAGAGCUCAUAAAACUUUGCAUGGUUAACCAAUUAUUCAGGUUGGGCCUGGCUGAGCAUUUUGUCCACGAGACAGAAGACGUCUUGGCACAAGUUUAUAGGAAUUACAUGAAUCAAGAGUCAUGGGCAAAACCACGAAAUUACUCAGUUGCAGCACAGCUGUUUAAAGACUCGUUAGCAUUUCAGCUCCUGCGGAUGCAUGGGUAUGAUGUAUCAUCUGAUAACUUUUGCUGGUUCUUGGAACAUGGAGAUAUUCGGGAUCAAAUAGAAAACAAUCAUGAAUACUUCUCAAGUGCAAUGCUUAAUGUCUAUAGAGCUUCAUAUCUUACUUUUUCAGGAGAAUAUGACAUUCAGGAGGCUAGAUUAUUUGCAAAGAAAUUACUUGAAAAACCCACAUCAUCAAGCUUGCGGAAAGUGGUCGAGCAUGAGUUAAGAGUUCCAUGGUUUGCUCGAUUGGUUCACUUGGAACAUAGGAUGUGGAUUGAAGAACGGGAUUCGAAUGUUCUCUGGAUACGAAAAGCUUCUUCCCAUAGGUUAUCAUGCCAUCUAGCUGAUAAACUUGUACGCCUUGCCGUGCGAAGCUAUGAGUUUAGGCAGUCAGUAUACAAGAAUGAACUUGAGGAACUCCAAAGGUGGUCCAAGGAUUGGGGUCUUAGUGAUAUGGGAUUUGGUCGAGAGAAAACUACGUAUUCUUACUUUGCUAUUGCCUCUUGUUGUUCCUUGCCUUAUGAUUCUGACAUACGCAUGAUGGUCGCAAAGAGUGCAAUACUCAUUACUGUCGCUGAUGAUUUCUUUGACAUGGAAGGUUCUCUAAUUCAGUUGAAGGAUCUCACUGACGCAGUUCAAAGAUGGGAUAGUAAGGGUUUGAGCGGCCAUAGUAAGAUUAUCUUUGAUGCCCUUGAUAAUCUUGUAAGGGAAAUUGCAAAAAAAUACCUCCAACAACAAGGACGUGACAUAAUAAACAAUCUUCAAGAUCUAUGGUAUGAAACGUUUGCUUCGUGGUUUACCGAAUCCAUGUGGGGUAAAAUUGGAAGCAUACCUUCAAUGGAUGAGUACCUUGAAACUGGCAUGACUUCCAUAGCCACACACACCCUUGUUCUUCCAGCUUCAUGCUUCUUGAACCCAAGUUUACCAAAUUCCGAACUCAGGCCAGUCCAGUAUCAAAGCAUUACAAAACUACUCAUGCUUAUUGCUCGUUUGUUGAAUGACGUACAAAGCUACCGGAAGGAAAAAGAUGAAGGGAAACUAAACUCCGUUUUGCUCUACUUGAAAGAAAACCCGGAGGCAGACAUUCAAGACUCAAUCGCUUUUGUGAGAGAGAUUCUCGAUAAAAAGAAGAAAGAGUUUCUCCAACAUGUUCUUAUGGAUGGAUAUAGUGAUUUGCCGAAGCCAUGCAAGCAUCUCCAUCUAUCUUGUUUGAAAGUAUUUCAGAUGUUCUUCAACUCUAGCAAUAGAUAUGAUUCCAGCACAGAAAUGCUUCAAGACAUUAAUAAGGCAAUCUAUAUUCCUAUUGAAGUUGGAAACUCAAAGCCUAUGAAGCAUCUGCCUCGUCAAACUGGACCUAAGAAGGAAUCUCUGACAAUCAACUCCUACUUCAACCGGCCCUCCAAGCAUUACAUGAGCAGAAGUCUUGCAACACGACAAAUUUCUUGGCCUGCUUCAAGAGAUAAUGGACUUGGGAAAAUGUUUAUACUACCAAAAAUUAGAUUUUGCUUCACCUAA